AUGCAUUGUCUCAGAAAUAUUAGGAUAAAAGGAUCAGGAGAAAAUCUUGACAAACAAAAUAAUCAAAAGAUACAAAAAAUCUUUCAAUUUAAUGACAAAGAAUUAGAACAAUUUUACACAACAGUCAGGCCUAAAAAUAUCACUUUAUGGAGAAUUUUUGAAAAAGUUGGGUUUAAACCAGUACAAGCAGAAGUUUCAAUUGAUUUUGAAAGUAAAGACUAUGAUUUAUCAUAUUUAGAUAAUUUUUUAAAAUAUUGUGAAAAACUUGAAGAAUUUAUUGAUAAACUUUAUUUGAAUAAGAACAUAAAAUUUGGUAAGCUUUACAUUCAAGAAAAUGACAAUAAAUUUACAUUUUGUAAAAAUGCAGAUGGUAGAAUUAGAUUUCAUUAUAAAAAAGCUAUAUAA